CUGCUGAUCUGAGCUCUGCAGGCCACAGGGACCCAUGUCUUCCUGAAGCGUCUCCAGGGCCCGGGUGGCGCUGUCCAUGGCUACUGGCGUGACAACCCCAUGACAGGCAGGGCCAGCCUCCAAGUGACCAUCACCCGUGCGUCUGUCUGUCCACCCUACUAGCACCGUGGCCUCCUCCAUCUGCUCAGCUGAGGCCUCCGGGAGAAGACGCCAUGACCCCCACCCUCACGGCCCUGCUCUGCCUCGGGCUGAGUGUGGGCCUCAGGAACCCAGUGCAGGCAGGGACCCUCCCCAAACCCACCCUCUGGGCUGAGCCAGGACCAGUGAUCCCCUGGGGGAACCCAGUGACCAUCUGGUGCCAGGGGGCCCUAAGGCAUGAGGAGUACCAUCUGGAUAAAGAGGGAAGCCCAGCACCAUGGAAAAGAGAGAAGCCACUGGAGCCUGGGGACAAGGUGAUGUUCUCCAUCCCACACAUGACAGAGCGUGAUGCAGGGAUAUAUCGCUGUUACUAUCGCAGCCCUGCUGGCUGGUCACAGCACAGUGACCCCCUGGAGCUGAUGGUGAUGAUGACAGGAGUCUACAGAAAACCCAGCCUCUCAGCCCUGCCCAGCCCUGUCGUGACCUCAGGAGGGAACGUGACCCUCCAGUGUGGCUCAGGGCAGGGAUUUGACAGGUUCAUUCUGACUAAUGAAGGAGAUCACAGGCUCUCCUGGACCCUGGACUCACAGCGACAGCCCAGUGGGCAGUCCCAGGCCCUGUUCCUUGUGGGCCCCAUGACCCCCACACACAGGUGGAGGUUCAGAUGCUAUGGCUGCUACAGGUACAGCCCCCAGGUGUGGUCACCAGCCAGUGACCCCCUGGAGCUCCUGGUGUCAGGUGAGUCCCAUUAUUGCUCCAUCCAUGAACAGAGCUACCAGCCAACAUGUGCCUCUCACACAGUAGACUACACAGUGGAGAAUCUUAUCCGGAUGGGCAUGGCUGGCUUGAUCCUGGUGGUCCUGGGGGUGCUGCUAUUUGAGGCUCGAAACAACCCUAUAAAGACCCUCGAUGCAGCCAGCAUGUGAACACAGAGGGACCAACGCAUCGUUCAGAGGGGGAGUCUUGGAGCCCAUCUGAGGAUCCCAGGAGGUGCUGAAGGAAAGUGGGGAACAAAGUUGGCAAUAUGUCUGUUGAGAAUG